GCUAGCCCUAUAUAGUCCAAGCAGCAAGGGCAUAGUAAGAUGUGGACUUUCUCCAUAGAUGUGGGCUGUGAAUGUCAUUAGCUCUACUUAUGAUCUCAAGAACUUGGUGUUCCCAGCAAGAUAGUAGGUGACUGGCUUUGCUCCAGCUUGACAGCCGAGGUAGACUCUCGAGAGAAUCAGCUGGGCUAAAAAAGCCAGACAAUUCCAUGGUCUAGAACCAACAGCCAGGCCAGUCCCUCACCAGAAUGAAGUUUUCUGGAUUUCUGAGCAUUCUCGUGCUGUUUGGCCUGUUUGCAAAUAUCCAGGGACCUGGCCUGACUGACUUGCUGUUUCCCAGGAGAUGUCCCCGAUUCAGAGAGCGCUGCGAACUCAAAGAAAGGGACCUGUGCUCCAGGGACAGGGAUUGCCAGAGGAAAGAGAAGUGCUGUGUCUUCAACUGCGGAAAGAAAUGUGUAGACCCCCAACAAGAUAUCUGCAGCCUUCCCAAGGACUCGGGCUACUGCUUGGCUUAUUUCCCUCGUUGGUUUUAUAAUAAAGAAAACAGCACGUGCCAACUCUUCAUCUACGGCGGCUGCCAGGGAAACAACAACAACUUCCAAUCUCAAAGUCUGUGCCAGAACAUCUGCCAAAAAAAAAGCUCUUCCCCCUGAAUAGGGGACAUGCUGCAAAAAAACAUCAGGAUUUGGCUUCUGCUCCAAGCUCUGUAUACCUGCUGGCUCCUCCAGAAUGGUUUCUGGUGACUGCUCCAGGCAUUCCAAGGCGUUAGGUCUUCCCAACAUUGAACCCCAGGAUGCCUCCCCUCCCACCAUCUCCAGUCCCUAAUUAUAAUACCUUCCCUUAGGAUCCCCUAACAGCGCCUCGACUGCUCAGCUCUACCGGCACGUAAACUCCCUGUUUAUGUCCGUGUAGCCCUCAACUUUAUUCAGUAAAGUAUUUGGCUUCAC